AUGUCUGCCCAGGGUGCCCUCUCUAUCGUCCCCGCCGGUGUUAUCACUGGUGACAACGUCCGAAAGCUCUUCCAGUACGCCAAGGAGAACAAGUUCGCUAUCCCUAACGUCACCUCUUCUUCCGUCGUGAACGGUGUCCUUGAGGCCGCCCGAGACAUCAAGUCUCCCAUCAUCCUCCAGCUCUCUCAGGGUGGUGCCGCCUUCUUCGCCGGUAAGGGUCUUGCCAACGGCAACCAGGAGGCUUCCAUCGCCGGUGCCGUCGCUGCCGCCCACUUCAUCCGUUCCGUUGCCCCCGCCUACGGCAUCCCCGUCGUCCUCCACUCUGACCACUGUGCCAAGAAGCUCCUCCCCUGGUUCGAGGGUAUGCUCGAGGCUGACGAGGCCUACUUCAAGGAGCACGGAGAGCCCCUCUACUCCUCUCACAUGCUUGACUUGUCUGAGGAGUCCAAGGAGGACAACAUCAAGGACUGUGUCUUCUACUUUAAGCGAAUGGCCAAGAUCAACCUCUGGCUCGAGAUGGAGAUCGGUAUCACCGGUGGUGAGGAGGACGGUGUCGACAACUCUUCCGUCGACAACAACUCUCUCUACACCCAGCCCGAAGACAUCUACGAUGUUCACGCCGCCCUUGCCGCCAUCUCCCCCAACUUCUCUAUCGCUGCCGGUUUCGGUAACGUCCACGGUGUCUACAAGCCCGGAAACGUUGUCCUUAGGCCCGAGCUCCUCGGUAAGCACCAGGAGUACACCCACAAGCAGGUCAAGGGUUCCGAGGAGAAGCCUUUGUUCCUUGUCUUCCACGGUGGUUCCGGUUCUUCCAAGGAGGAGAUUGCUACCGCUGUCGUCAACGGUGUUGUCAAGAUGAACGUCGACACCGAUAUCCAGUACGCCUACCUCGCCGGUGUCCGAGACUUUGUCCUCGCCAAGAAGGACUACCUCAUGUCCCAGGUCGGUAACCCCGACGGUGCCGACAAGCCCAACAAGAAGCAGUACGACCCCCGUGUCUGGGUUCGUGAGGGUGAGAAGACCCUUGUCACCCGAGUCAAGGAGGCUUGUGAGGACUUGGGUAACGUCAACAGGAACUAA